CUGGAGAAAAGCGAGUUGCUGCGAGACGGUGAUUUCGAAAAGUACAAAGUGUUUAAGGAUAUCCGCAUUAUUGGUGUGCUUGGCAUAACAAAAAGUGUUCUGCCGGAACUCGCAGUUUUUGUGUAUUAUGAAGAUGAUACAGUUGAGGUGGUACCAACGCGUAUCGUCGCCUUGAAGGCGCCUGUAGUAAGUCACGCGUAA